UUAGGACGAUUCCUGUAAUUACAUGCAUAUUGACACACAUGGUCGUACUUAUGAACAGGUGCACAGCGAUCCAACGGGUUGUCAAAAAGUAUGGAUUUCUGCAGUCGGCUGGCCGUCGUGGUCAUCUUCCAUGUUCUGUACCUCGUUUCGCAAACCCAAGUUGACGGUACAUCUGAUUAUGGAAUUCUAAGUCUUCAGCAGAUUCUACCAUUAAACAUCGAUACUCUAGAUGAAGUGUAUAAACCAUUUGACGAUAGAUAUAAGAGGAUAUGCUUCGUCGAUCGAGCCUCUUUCACACGGCCUGGCCGCGGGAGAUAUAAACCCAGUUUUCUGACCGGAAUUCUAUGUACACAUCUGGUGUACGCAUUUGCUACCAUCAGCAUUGAAAAUGGAGAAAUUGUGCCUUUUAACGAAAAUGUCGCAGAAGAAGAAGGGUUUUACCGCCAACUGGUAGAUUUAAAGAGGUACACCCCCAGACUGAAAGUGAUGAUAUCAAUAGGAGGUUGGGCAGUGGGCUCCCUCCCUUUCCACAUGAUGGCUUCCGACCAAAACAAGAUACUCCACUUCACCAGAAGUGUGGGCGGAUUCCUAAACAAGUAUGGCUUUGAUGGUGUGGACAUCAACUGGUGCUAUCCUGGGAGUUUGGGCAGCCCCUACACUGACAGGCUCAAAUACAUUGAACUGAUGUCGGCACUGUACAUUAACUUCUGGGCCAAUGAAGCUAUGGGGAACGAGAAACGCAUUCUAAGUGCCACGGUGCCAGCCGGCAGGUGGAUCAUUGACAGAGGUUUUGACAUUGAGGCCUUGCGAAACUGGGUAGAUUUUAUCAAUAUCAUGGCGUAUGACUACCAUGGGAGCUGGGAGUAUUCACCUACUGGAAUUCACAACGCCCUUAACCCCAGAACUAAGGACCCGGCCCAAGAAUUCAACGCGAAAUGGACUGUUGAAUACUACAUCAAAAAUGGCUUCGACCCGGUAAACAUUAAUCUGGGCAUACCUCUAUAUGGGCGUACUUUUCACUUGGCCAAUGACUUUCAAUUUGGCGUGGGAGCACCCUCUACCGGAGCGGGGCCAAAAUUCGGUCCGUACAGCCGAGCAUCCGGUAUGCUGGGAUUUAAUGAGAUUUGCCCCAUGCUACUAGAGGAGACGGGUUACACGUUAAUUUGGCACGAGGAGCACCAGGUUCCUUACUUCUAUAACCGCCAGACUGGGGAGUGGGUCAGCUUCGAGUGCCCGAUCAGUUCAGCACGCAAGGCACUCUACGUCGAAGAGCGGGGUCUCGGAGGUUUGAUGUUCUUUUCCAUAGAUUCCGGUGAUUUCGAUGGUACUUUCUGCAAUUUUGGAAUACAGCCGAUUGUGGUAUCCACUAUCAUCAUAUCGUACUAUAACAAAUCAAUGGCGUUCAUUGAACAUUUGUACAAUUUUACAAGACACAGCAGCUACGACGAAACAGACGACUUAAGACCACCUUGUGACUUCAGUGAUCAUGGAUUUACAUGUUCUCCGGACCCCAAUGGUAUUUACCCACAUCCCUGCCCGUACCAGUGUGACAAGUGGAUUCACUGUUCUCAUAAUAUCCCGUAUAUAAAGGACUGUCCCCUUGGGCAGUACUUCAUCAACGAAACCCGGCGAUGUGACUGGCCUUGGUUGACGCAGUGUCCCCGAAGUUUUACCUAACCCGAUGGAAAACUUCUCAUAUAAAACUUCUCAGGAUAUUCAGACCACGAUCAGAGAGCUCUGAAUGGCGUAGACUUGGGAAACAAUGAUAAUAGUGAAGCCUUGUUUCACACUAUUUAACAUAUCAGUCAUGGUAUUUUAACGUACAUGAUUUCUCAACUCCUUUCUUGCUUUAAGGUGAACGUCACUUUUUGGGGCCUAACUAUGAAUAAUCUGACCAAACUGCUAAUCGGUUGCAAUCAUUUUUAGCGAAUAUUGAUCAUUUUAGGGGUUAACGAGAGAAUACGGGUUAUCAACCGGAUAUGGAAGUCACUGCAAGUGCAGAUCGGGGUGUAAU